AUGCGGUGGAGAUCGGAGAAGUGUUUUUGGAGCAUCCUGUGGCGGUGCGCCCGAGAUCACUUAAUAAUUUGGUUCUCACUUCUCAGAGUCGGUGAACAGGAAGAAUCUCUUCGGCUUAUAAAUAAUUUGGUUCUCAGAGUCGGUGAACAGGAAGAAUCUCUUCGGCUUAUAAAGACAAACCAAGUUUCAAUGACGAAUCUCACUGAAACGCCAUCCAUGGCUAUCCCCAACGCUAUUCAGCUUCUGGGUCCGCCACAGAUCCACAAGCCCACCGCCGCGAAACCUAAUGCCGCCUCUACCGAACCGCCGCCAAUGCCCCCAUGCGCGGACUUCUUCCUCAAACCAGUUCCGAACACCCCACCAAAAGACUUCAUCAAACUCCUCGAAAAAUCCUGGACCCACCACCCAUUGACAACCCUCAAACUCAUAUGCAACCUGAGGUCUCACCACCCGGUCACAGGAAAUCCCAACAGGGAAGGGUUUUACGUGGCGGCGCUGUGGCUGCACAAGAACCACCCCAAAACCCUAGCGGUGAACCUGACUUUGAUUGCGAAACUCGGGUGUUUGAAGGACUUGUUAGAGGUUCUUUAUCGGGUACGGGAGGGAUCAGAUGUUCGGUCCAAUGCGAAGGAAGAACGGGAGAGAAAAAAGAAAGCAAAAGUUGAUCGGAUGUGUAGGAGUUGUGGUAGGCCUCCAAUGAGGAAAAACAAACCUUGUAAGAGAAUUAAGUUUAGUGUGUCGAGAGAAGCUAGGGUUUUGGCUAAUAAAGCGAAAAACGAGGAGGCUAAGAAGAGGGCUAGUAAGUUGAGGAAGGAGAAGAGGGUUAAAAAAGCGAAAAGGGCGUUUGAAAAGUAUAGGAAAGAUUCGGAUUACCGAUUCUUACAUGACCGAAUAUCAGAUAUUUUUGAAGAUCUUUUGAGAUGUGAUAUGGAAAAUCUGAAACUGGGCAGGAUUGAUAAGAUUAGUUUGGCAUCGAAGUGGUGCCCUUCGCUUGAUUCUUCGUACGAUAAGUCUACUCUAAUAUGCGAGAGCAUUGCGAAGAGGGUAUUUCCAAGGGAGUCAUAUUCAGAGUAUGAGGUUAUUGAAGAGGCUCACUAUGUGUAUAGAGUUAGAGAUAGAUUGAGAAAAGAAGUCCUCGUGCCACUUCGCAAAGCAUUGGAAUUGCCCGAGGUUUACAUGAGUGCAAGGCAAUGGGAAUUGGUACCCUACAAUAGGGUUUCCUCUGUUUCCAUGAGGAAAUACAAGAAACUCUUCCUUAGGCAUGAUAACAAAAGAUUUAUUGAGUACCUUGAGGCGAAAAAGAACAAGAAAUCCGAGAAAGGGGAAAAGUCUAAACCAUUGUUUCCCCACAAGAUUAUAGCUUCUGUAGAGAAGGUAAGGUGGUUUCAUGCCAUGCCGUGCGACGAAAACAACAGCCAAACUGUAGAGCUUCAAUGGAAGAAACUGAAACAAGACUUCCUCAUAAAAGGGUCAUUUGAAGAUUGUAUAGCAGUUUGUGAUGUAUCUGGAAGCAUGGGGAGACAAGCAAUGAAUGUAUGCGUCGCUCUAGGGCUUUUGGUUUCGGAGCUCAGUGAUAAUCCUUGGGAAGGGAAGGUGAUAAGUUUCCACAGGAGACCCAAGCUUCACAAGAUUGAGGGAACCAAGCUUAAGUCGAAAGUUCGACUUUUGAAGGAGAUGGAGAGUGGACACCAUAUCGAUUUCCAAAGGGUUUUCAAGCGGAUACUAGAAGUGGGGUACUUCGGAAAGCUCAGAGACGAGGAGAUGAUUGAGAGGGUAUUUGUGUUUAGCAAUAUGGAGUUUGACAGGGCAUCAAAGUACGAUUGGGAGACCGAAUACAGAGCUAUUCGGACAAAGUUUAGGAAGUACGGUUUCAACAAGGUCCCUGAGUUGGUGUUUUGGAAUCUUGGAGCAUCAAAAGCCACUCUUGUGCCAAGCAAGCGAGAGGGGGUGGUACUGGUUAAUGGGUUUUCCAAGAAGAUGCUGAAUUUGUUUCUGGAGAAAGGAGGAAAAAUGAAUGCGAAUGCUCUGACGCAAUCGGCUAUCUCUGGCGAAAAAUACAAGAAUCUUGUAGUCGUGGACUGA